AUGGCAAUUCCUCCGGCGAAGAUGGAGCUCAGGCCUCUGGGAAACACAGGGCUCAAGGUCAGCUCCGUUGGUUUCGGCGCAUCUCCGCUCGGAAGUGUCUUCGGUCCAGUCGCCGAAGAUGAUGCCGUCGCCGCCGUGCGCGAGGCUUUCAAUCUCGGCAUCAACUUCUUCGACACCUCCCCGUAUUACGGAGGAACACUGUCAGAGAAAAUGCUUGGUAAGGGACUAAAGGCUCUUCAAGUCCCUAGAAGUGACUACAUUGUGGCGACUAAGUGUGGACGAUACAAAGAAGGUUUUGAUUUCAGUGCUGAGAGAGUAACAAAGAGCAUUGAUGAGAGCUUGGAGAGGCUUCAGCUAGAUUACGUUGACAUACUUCAUUGCCAUGACAUUGAGUUCGGGUCUCUUGAUCAGAUUGUGAGUGAAACAAUGCCUGCUCUCCAGAAGCUGAAACAGGAAGGGAAGAUCCGGUUCAUUGGUAUCACUGGCCUUCCGUUGAACAUUUUCACUUACGUUCUUGAUAGAGUGCCUUCAGGGGCAGUCGAUGUGAUAUUAUCGUACUGCCAUUUGAGCGUAAAUGAUUCGACUUUGCUGGAUUUGGUACCUUACUUGAAGAGCAAAGGUGUGGGGGUGAUAAGUGCGUCUCCUUUGUCAAUGGGUCUCUUUACAGAGCAAGGUCCUCCUGAAUGGCACCCUGCUUCCCCUGAGCUCAAGGCUGCGUGCAAAGCAGCAGUUGCUCAUUGUAGAUCAAAGGGUAAGAAGAUGACGAAGUUAGCAGUGCAAUACAGCGUAGCAAAGAAGGAUAUUUCAUCAGUUUUGGUUGGUAUGAGCUCUGUCUCGCAGGUAGAAGAAAAUGUUGCAGCUGUUACAGAGCUUGAAGGUUUGGGGAUGGAUCAGGAAACUUUGUCUGAGGUUGAAGCUAUUCUCGAGCCUGUCAAGAACCAGACUUGGCCGAGCGGAAUCGAUCCGAAGUAA